CGGUAAGGUAUCUGCCAGCAACUCGGAUCACGCACCUGCCGUCCUCUUUCUCGAAAAACAACCUCAGGUAGGAUGGUAAUUUGCGAGCACGGAAGCGAUCUUGUUUGCCUGAAACGGGCCAAUCGCAGUUCCAUAAUGUGCAGUGCCAAGUGGUUCCUUCCUUCAACACGAAAACAUACGGCCCCCAACAACACAGGACCUCCGGGUGAACUCGCGAGGCUACUACGCCCAGCAGUGUGCCUGGGCGACUCUUAACCCCGCCCCCAGCCGAUGGAUUUGUGUUGAUAUUUUCAUCCUUCUCUUUCGCAACUGAAUCUCAACCCAGCCUCUGCCAACUAAUGAGAAUACCCUGGUCAUCAUGGCCAGAAUCACGGACUCAGUCACAGCUAUCUUCACCCCAGAUCCGACAUGCUUUGCAUCGUCGAAUCUGUGGCUCCAGGAAAAUUAUCGGUGCGGCACAUACUACACGCCAUUCCAACCGCGACCGACUAAUUCCGUCUCCCUUCCCCCGUGCCCCUUCCCCCGAUUGGGCCCUCUGCCUGCCACAACCCGAGAUGCGAACCACGCCGCUUGCUACCAGUAUAACCCAUAUUCAACUGGAUACACCGCCUAUAGUGAGUGCCCGGAGGGCAUGACGGGCGCUGCCACCGAUACCAGGCAAUGGUAUGAUGGUUCCAUCAGCGUAGUUGAGACAACAUGCUGUCCAACCGCCUACGACUUCAAGGCCCCUAACAGCGCCCCGACUGCUGUCCCCUUUGUCGUCGACGGCACCACCCACCCGGUGACUUUUGGGACCGCGAACCUGUGCAAAGCCACGUCCAUCAGGGACUUCUCGGACCAGGUAGUGACCGUGACUCUUUCCACGUCGCCUCUCUCAACAACCGAGUUGCCAUGGGAUUACGAGCACGGCUUCCUUGUGGCGGAACCGGCCCGCAUCGUCCGGUACCUCUACCCCGACGAGCAGGCCGGCACAACCUCAACCUGCUUCGGCUACCGCUGCCAGUCGACCCCCAUCAGCCAGACCAGAACCACCCCCACUUCUGCCCCGACCGAUUCUUACAUCCCGCCCCCUUCGCCAGCGGUCACCCAAUUUACCCCCGCACCAUCCUGCGUCUCGGAUUCUAACCUCUGGAUCGUGUCGGCAAGCUGCUUUCUCAACGACGACGUCUCCCUCCGCAGCCCGCCCUGGCUGCAGUGCACCUAUACGGCCGCCGGCGACCCCGACCCCUCUGAUACGUCUUGCUAUCAGGGCCGCACCUCCACUGUUAUCAGCGGUACGCCCACCUUCUACUCGGCCUGCCCGGCGGGGUACACGAAAGCGUGGGGGACCACGUCCCAACCCUACGAUCUGCCGCACUACGACGGCAACAAGUCAACCACGUACGACGUCUACGCAACCAGGAACGUGUGUUGCCCGUCGGUGUUCGGCGACGGGAUUUCCUUCACCACCACCGAGAUCAGCACGACACGGACCGUGUACGAGGGCCGGUCGCACAACAUCCGCAUCUACGUGGUGCCGGGAUGCGUGGCGUCGAGCGUGUCGCAGUACCGCGACCGCACCGUCACUAUGGGCCUAUACAGCGACGCCCGCGUGUGGGACAAGAAGAAGCGCCAGGGCGUCGAGUACGGCUCCACCACCGCCGUCUGGGACGUCGCUCAUGACACCCUCUUUGCCAACGCGCAGCAUCUCAGCUGGACCGUCUUCCACGGCACCUACACCUGCUAUGAGAACUGUGAUGACUAUUUUACGUACUCGUACCAUAAUACCGAUCCCAACUACACCCCGCCACCGACCACCGCUGUGACGACCACGACGGCGGAUGCGGAUGCGGCAGAGGUGGCGACUUCGACCUCGACCGCCGCGGCUGCCGCGAUGGUCAAGGGGGACGUGCAAGUUGGCCGGCUGUCGGUUGUGGUGGUUAUUGUGACGGUCGUGCAGGUUGCUUUAGGGGCAUUGGUGUGAAGUCCCCGGCUAGCAAGAUAGCAGGGUUUGCCUAGGG